GCGGCGCCACACCACCCGACUCAGGCACCGCAGGGUCCCGGAGAAGUUUGUUGGCCCGGAACCAAGCACGCCGCCGGCCGCGUUAGCUCAGUCAGAGCCGGCGGGCAUAUCUGUGUCUACUUGUUCACAUGGUUUCAAGGCACAAUGGAGUUCACUGCCUCUUGGAAACUUUGGCUCUGGGUGGCAAUGCUCCUGCUUCCUGCUUCCACUUCCGUAACCGUAAGGGACAAAUCAGGAAAACAAUGUCCUCUUCUGAGACAAGAUGGUCAUUACUUGACACAAGACAACAGAGAUAAACUUGAAAUUUCAGGUUUUGACCUAGGAGAAAGCUUUGCUCUUAGACAUGUGCUUUGUGAAGGUGAUAAAACCUGUUUCAAAUUGGGAAGUGCACUUCUUAUUAGAGAUACCAUUAAGAUAUUUCCUAAAGGUCUUCCUGAAGAGUAUUCCAUAACAGCCAUGUUUCGUGUACGGAGAAGUACAAAGAAGGAACGGUGGUUUUUGUGGCAGUUUAUAAACCAGCAGAAUAUGGCACAGAUUUCUAUAGUAGUUGAUGGAGGAAAGAAGGUGGUGGAAUUUAUAUUCCGAGCUGCUGAAGGAGAUGUGCUGAGCUACGUUUUUAAAAACCGAGAACUCCGUCCUUUGUUUGAUCGUCAGUGGCAUAAACUUGGUAUUGGUAUACAACCCCGGGGCAUUUCACUGUACAUGGAUUGUAACUUAAUUGCAAGCCGUCAUACUGACGAAAAGGAUGCUCUGGACUUCCAUGGGAGGACUAUUAUUGCAGCACGAGCUUCAGAUGGCAAACCUGUGGAUAUUGAACUUCGCCAGCUUAAAAUCUACUGUAACUCAUACUCAAUAAUGCAAGAGACAUGUUGUGAAAUAUCAGAUACUAAGUGCCCAGAGCAGGAUAACAUUGGAAGUAGUGUGACAUCAUCUGUACCUGCCCAUUCUAGUAAACUGCCUGUAUAUCUGCCAACAAAGCAGGAAUUUAAAGACCAGUGUCCCUGCAUCUCACACAAGGGAGAAGCAGGAUUGCUAGGAACUCCAGGUUCACCUGAUCAGAAGGGGAGUAAAGGAGAACUGGGUGAAAAUGGUCUACAUGGAGUUCCAGGCUUACCUGGUCCAAAGGGAGAGCAAGGUCUUGAAGGUGACAAAGGAGAAAUUGGUGAAAAGGGUGAGCAAGGAGAAAAAGGAGAUCCAGGUCUGGCUGGCAUUAAUGGACAAGAUGGUUUGAAAGGCGAUGUGGGUCUUCGUGGUCUACCUGGCCCAAAAGGAGAAAAGGGAGACAUAGGACCUCCUGGACCACCAUCCCUAAUUUAUUCUCAGAGGAUGCAAGGCCCCCAAGGUCCACCAGGAAAAGAAGGUCAGAGGGGAAGACGAGGAAAACCAGGUCCUCCAGGAAAACCAGGACCUCCAGGACCACCUGGGCCACCUGGAGUACAAGGAGUGCAACAGACACUUGGUGGCUAUUUUAACAAGGGUGAGACUGGACAACCAGGAUUUCCAGGAUCUGUUGGUCCUAAAGGUGAAAAAGGAGAAUCUGGGGAACCUUUUACAAAAGGUGAAAAGGGAGAUAUAGGAGAACCUGGGAUAAUUGGACCCCAGGGAAUAAAGGGUGAACCUGGAGAUCCUGGUCCCCCUGGAUUAAUAGGAAGCCCAGGAUUAAAGGGUCAGGAAGGACCUGAGGGACCUAUGGGGCCUAGAGGACCACCUGGAGAUGUCGGAUUUCCAGGAGAGCAUGGCAUUCCAGGAAAACAAGGCAUUAAAGGAGAAAAGGGAGAGUCAGGUGGGAUUAUAGGCCCUCCUGGACUUCCGGGUCCUAAAGGUGAAGCUGGCCCUCCUGGGAAAAGCCUGCCAGGGGAUCCAGGAUUAGAUGGAAAUCCUGGAAUACCUGGUCCACGUGGGCCAAAGGGUGAAAGAGGACUGCCAGGUGUCCAUGGUUCCCCAGGUGACACAGGUCCACCAGGGGUGGGAAUUCCUGGCAGAGUAGGCUCUCAAGGACCAGUUGGAGAACCAGGUAUUCAGGGUCCUCGAGGCCUCCCUGGGUUUCCAGGAACUCCAGGAACCCCAGGGAAUGAUGGAAAUCCAGGGAGGGAUGGAAAGCCAGGUUUGCCAGGCCCCCCAGGUGACCCGAUUGCACUUCCGCUCUUGGGAGACAUUGGUGCCUUGUUCAAGAACUUCUGUGGCAACUGCCAAGCCAGUGUCCCUGGGCUGAAAACCAACAAAGGAGAAGAAGGAGGCACUGGAGAGCCUGGAAAGUAUGAUUCUAUAGCCCAGAAGGGUGAUACAGGACCACGAGGUCUUCCAGGAAUACCCGGCAGAGAAGGCCCAAAGGGAAUCAAAGGAGAACGGGGCUACCCUGGGAUACCUGGAGAGAAAGGUGAUGAGGGAGACCGAGGUCCAGCAGGUGACCCAGGAAUAGCCGGAAUAUCAGGAAAGCCUGGAGCCCAAGGACCUCCAGGAGUUCCAGGGGAACCUGGUGAGAGAGGACCUGUUGGAGAUAUAGGCUUCCCUGGGCCAGAAGGACCUUCAGGAAAACCAGGAAUAAAUGGAAAAGAUGGCUUACCAGGUGCUCAGGGCAUCAUGGGUAAGCCUGGAGAUAGAGGACCCAAAGGAGAACGUGGUGAUCAAGGAAUUCCAGGAGACAGAGGCCCACAAGGUGAACAAGGAAAACCAGGGCUUCCAGGGACUAAAGGGGCCAUAGGUCCUAUGGGGCCACAAGGAAACAAGGGCUCUGUGGGUUCCCCCGGACACCAAGGUCCUCCAGGCAAACCAGGCAUCCCUGGCACUACGGCUGAUGCAGUUUCAUUUGAAGAAAUAAAGAAGUACAUUAACCAAGAAGUUCUACGAAUUUUUGAAGAGAGGAUGGCUGUGUUCCUAUCUCAACUCAAGCUGCCAGCAGCAAUGUUGGCUGCUCAAGCUCAUGGAAGACCUGGUCCACCAGGAAAGGAUGGUUUACCUGGGCCACCAGGAGACCCUGGACCCCAAGGCUACCGAGGACAGAAAGGAGAAAGAGGGGAACCUGGAAUUGGACUUCCUGGGAGUCCAGGUCUUCCUGGGACUUCAGCUUCAGGUUUGCCAGGCGCACCAGGUACCCCAGGGCCUCAGGGCCCCCCAGGACCUAGUGGAAGAUGUAACCCUGAAGAUUGCUUUUAUCCAGUAUCUCGUGGCCAUCAGCAAACAGGUAGAAAAUGAAAACAUCUGAGGAGAUUUAAUUUCUGGUGGUAUCUCCUGACUUUUGGAGCAAUCUUGAUACUAUCAACCCUUCAUCAAUGAGAUGCUUUUUUUUUUUUUUGGUCUAGGCCAGACAUUAAAAGGAGGAGUCUAAGUCUCAGUCCACUAGUAAUUGUGAUACCAGCAUUUCUGGAUUUUUCUAUUUUUUUCCCAAAUUUCAUUCCAUAUAUUUGGCUUCAUCAUUACUAUGAUUUCUGUUCCUAUAUGGUUUUAUAGGAAAUAUGCAAGCAAAUAUUAUCACUAGUCUUCAAGAGGAAAUUACGUUUUACGAUUUACUGGAUUAAUGGCGAUAUACAUCUUGUUGUCUCAUCAACUUGUAUUUGAUUUCUGAAUUUUAAAAUUUCUAACUUAAUCUUGACAUUUUUCUUGGUCACAUAUAUCUUGAACAUUUUUAAUUUUCUGUAAUUGUUAGGUAAAUGGCAAUUUUUUUGAUAUACUACAUUUCCCCUACUGAAUAUUUUGACCACUUUUUAUACAUGAAGAAUUCUUAUGCCAGCUUAUAUCCAUCCUACUUAUGCAGACAAAAAGACAGGCAAUAAGAGCUUCAAAUUAUAACUUAGAUUUUGUAAAACACUAAUAAAGUAGGCUAUUUUAUCAGGGAGCCCAAGGCCAAUCAUGGGUAUCUACUUAAUAAUUUCAUUAGUUCCGUGUGGGCUCAAUUCAAAGCAGUCACCAUUGGCAUAAUCUGUACUGGAUAGAAAGAGAAGACUUGUGUCUGGUUGAAUUAAUUCUACAUGUGAAGCCUAACAGCAGUCCCUUCACUGAGCUUCUCAUUUGGGAAAUUGAAAAUAAGGGUUUUUUUCUAUAGGAGGAGUUUGGAAGUGGAGGCAUAGAUAUGUCUUUGGUACUUUUUGAAACUCUGGUCUAGCAAUAUGGACCCUAUAUCCAUUAUCAGUAUACUCAGAUUUUAAGACAAGAUUCAGUCAUCAAAACAGAAGGCUGGAUUUGUAGUGACUGGGAAAGAAACCCUCUCGAUUUGGAUAAGGUGUUGUGUGGGCAGAUACAUAUUAACAAGGGGAAGCUAAAAACAUUAGGGUGUUUGUUGCUCCAGAAGAUGCAGCAAGAGGUACAGGGGCAGUGAAGGAAGCAUUCAUUUCAGGAGAAACAACAGAUGCUGCGGAGACCACAUCUUCUGACAUGAAAUGAAAGAACAGAGACCACCAACAAAAUCACUACAGCAUGCUUCUGUUACCCAGCCCUUCAUUAUCUGGAGGAACUAUUGGUUGACAAAAGAAGACCGAUUUUAUAGAACAUGAGUAUGAGUAUGUUGCUGAAAUCAAAGUAGUGGAUUCUACAGAUGCUGAGAGAUGCCACUAGGAGUCCGUAGGAGCAGAUUCCAAUUUGACUAAAACAGGCUGGAAGACUGCUUUCAUCUGUUAAUUGAAAAUUAAGUCUAGAAAGGCGAGUUCACUGAAACUGGAAAAAACUGUGAAUGGAGUUGUGUUGUGAGUGUGCCUAAAUUAAGGUAGGCUUUAUUCAAAUGCACCCAUGAUGUGAACUGGUUUUCAUUAUAGAUGAGUGAACUGCUGGUCAGCUACUAUCUACGUGGCUGUGCAUACAUACAACUUUUUCAUCGUUUCAUAUUGAAUUAUUCUAUAUAUUUUAAUUCCAAGUUUAUUUAUUGUAUUUUUCCAAUUAUUUAUUUCAAGUGUGUUUAACACUAAAUUAAUCUACUUUGUUUUUCCUUCCUGUGCAAUACCUAUAAUGGUGCUGUGUCUUAGACAUACAAUUAGAAUAUACAUAUGCAUUUUCUUUGGAAAAGGGAUAAUAUACCCCCCCAUAAUGUACAUGGAUCUAAAACCAGGUGCUAUGUGUAUAUCUUGAGUUUUAAUUUGUUGAACCUUAAUUUGUUGAAUUUUCUGAGAGCUUACAGCUCAUUCAUCUGCUACUCGUUAAUAUACUUGAAUUUGUCAUAAAGUUAAACAUUGUAGGCUUUUUCAAGGAUUACUUUUAGAUAUUAGUUAAUAGGCUUUGACUAUUUUUUUCUCUGAUAAUCCAGGAGUAUUUAACAUUUUAAUAUUUUCUGAACUUUUUGCUGAUGAUUAUCAGUGUAUUUUCUUUGAGCUUAUACUUUCAUAUAUAUAAGAUUCAAUUAUCUUAUUUUUGUUAUAAAUUCUGUUCAUUUAAGUCCACAGAAUAUGUGGUACAUUCUUUCUUACAAAUUGUAUCCUUGGGGACUUUUCUUUUUCUGAAUUCCAUUAAUAGUAUGUUGGUUUAUUCCUGUUUUGAGAAUUUGAGUUUACUUGGAUGAUUUGAGGAGAGAGUGGAGAUAUUAUGUUGUAGGAUGGGUAUUACAAGUAGAAUUCAUACAGUUAUUCAAGUUCAUCUUCUGUAACUGAGUUAUAUGGCAAUCUGCCUUUAUCCUAAGUAAAGAAACAGAGCAAUGUCUAGAUGGGAUGAGCAUCUCACUUUACUGGAUUAUUGACCUUCUAUCACCUUCUCACACUGCCUCAUCUCUUGUAUACAUGUGAGGCAAUAAAGAGCAACAACAACAAAAAAGCUGACUUCAAGUAAUACAACACCUAAUAAAGGGGAGAUUUAGCAGUUGCCUAAAUCCUUUAAUAAAGACAAAGUAGAUAAGUUAAGUCCCAGAGUAGGGUGGGAACUUUUCCCUAAAUAAUUUUGUAGUUUCCGGGUCUCCUGUAUCAUUUUCUUCCAUUCCAACACAUGUGUUUAUUGCUACAUAGAUGUUUGUGAUGCUCACAUCUGGAAAGAAUUAUCAGGUUUCCUGAAUUACGUUGUUUGGAUUCUAGCCAAUGUUGGUAUGUAUAAAAGUCAGAUUGAAUCCCUGUCUUAAAUUUUAUAUCAAGAUGAGUAAUUUCAGUUGGAAACUUUCCUUUUAAGAUCUGACUUCAGUUGAUAUGAUUCAGCCUUUGGAAUCUAAAGAAAAAAGAAUUCAUGAGUUUGUUCACUGUUCUUUCCUACUAAAGGUAUUGCCCAUUUCCCCUCUAACAAUAGCAGAAAUAUAGCCAGUCUUAGACUUUAACAAUUUUCAAGUUGUGAUGGAAGUGAUUUAAUGACUUCAAAGUAAUCCCAUAUGCUUAUUUCCUUAUCUCUUAACAUUGCUGAAAAUUUAAACUCUACACAGUGUAGAAUGUGAUUAUCUUAAGAUGUGUUAUCUGUAAAAGCUGUCAUUUGAUACUGGAUUAUCAAAUAAUUUUAUAAAUAUAUUCUAGAAGUAAAAUUUAGCUUUUUUUUGCAGUCUUUCUCAUUUGUUGAGAACCUGUGAUAUACCUCCUUUGUCAACAAGAUGGUGUGAAAGUAAUUUGAAUUGCACAACUAAAUUAGGUCUUUGCUGUUGCACUAUUUUUUUUUACUUUUGUAAAUAUUUUUUUAAUUUUUGUGCAUUUGUUUUAUUUAUGUUUUCCUGAGUUAAAUCAUCUUUUUGAAGUAGAUUGUUGGCUACUUCAGUUUUAUUUCUUUAGUGAAUAUGCAUAUACACUUAUGUAUAUUAGUUAAGUUGCAACUUGAGUAUUUAUAACUUUAGUUUAUUUCUACACUACCUUCAUAUUUUAGUGAGUAACAUGAGAUCUUAUAGAUAAUCAUCCUAUCUUCUAAACAGGAUACUCUUUUUUGACAAACAUGCAAAAAGCAUUUGGUUUACUACUAAAAUUAAACCGUUCAUAAAAUUACAUAAGGUCUAAAUCUCUGUGAUCAAAAUACUUAAAGUGUUUCAGUUAAACUUGUAUAAUGUUUAUUUUUCUAGAAAUAUAUCAGUAUUUACAAAAAAAUAAGAAGAAGCACUAAUUUUCAAAAUAACAUUUUAAUUUUCUGAACAUUGGUAAUAAUAUUCUGAGAAUGAAAUUUCUGAGUUACAUGCUUAAAUUUUUCAACACAUUCUCAGAAUAAAUUGUCAGAUUUGCUCCUAAUUCUUGUUCUUAAGCUAUCUUUCACAGCUGCCUCUACCUUCUCAAGACAAAACACUUUUUAUUGGUGGUGUUUCCCAGUUUUCCUUUUUAACAUUCUAGUGUAAGGAAUGGACUCCUUUACACAAUUUUCUUUCACAGAAUAUUACACAAGCUUAAAGAGGAGAAGUAGAGAAGAAUUGAACUUAUAUCUCUUGUGCCCAGGUACUUCAGAAUGAUUGUGAUGAUUAAAUUGUUCAUUUAUUAAUUGAGUGGCAAAGGAGCAUUAAAUUUAUUUGACUACUAAAAGUUUCAAGAAAUGAGACAAAUGAAUGGUAUAACUGAAGCUGUAAUCCAUUGUGCUGAACAAAACCAUGUUUAUUUUUAUGACACUGUAGAACCUGAUAAAAACAGAAAAUUCAUUCAGACAAGCAAACCCAGAAUAGCAACAACUUAUCACAAAGAUAAGGAAGGCUGAUAAAGCCAAAGCUCAUUUAGGAGAAGCUAAAUUGAAGUAUCUAUAUCCAAUCUAAUGGUGAUAAUACUCAAGGAGUUAGCUACUUGCUCCAUGAAUUUGUCAAAAGGGAGUACUUGGAAAGUAAGAAAUCUCAUUAAACUUAGAGGGUAGUUCAAUAAUAAUUUUCUUUUUAAGAAAGGUAUGUUUUGCUUAACCAUAAUAUUUCACAACUUGUUCUUGUAAUAAUUAAACUAUUUUAGAGAUAUUUUUCAGUGUAUUUAAAUUCAGAUUAUCUAUGUUAUGUUUUACAAUUAUUUAUUUUCAAAACACCAUAUAGGAUAUAUUGUCCCUACUUUGUUUGCUUUCUAUCUUACCUCAUUAAACUAUUUAAGAUUUCAUGCCAUAUUCUAAUGUGGAGUAUAAUGGCACAAGUGUUUUGUAAUUCCUCAUGGGUAUAGUGCUUUGAAGAUCCCUGUAGAUUCAGAAUGUAUAAUGAACUUGUCAUUUACCUCAGCAAUAAAGGAUUUGACCUUAAA